AUGGCCGCCAUUGUUACUUCUUUAAGGUUUUUCAGACCAUUUCUCUUUGUUUCAUUGUUAUUGUUGUUGUUGAGAUUGGUGUAUGCAGUGUCGGAUUCCCAAGCUCUGUUGAAGCUUAAGGAAUCUUUCGACAAUGCCGGUGGUGGCGCUCUUGAUUCUUGGAACCCUGAUUCUGCACCUUGUAAUAAAGAGGGUCAUUGGAAAGGUUUACUUUGUUUUAAUGGGAUAUUAAUGGGUUUACGCCUUGAAGGGAUGGGAUUAUCAGGGAAAAUCGACAUUGAUGCUUUGCUUUUGAUUAAAGAAUUGAGAUCUUUUAGUGUUAUAAACAAUUCUUUCACCGGAAACAUACCGGAAAUCAAUCGUUUGGGUUAUUUGAAAUCUUUGUUCUUGUCAAAAAACAAGUUUUCCGGUGAAAUCCCGUCAGAUUUUUUCGCCGGAAUGAGAUCGUUGAAGAAAGUUUGGUUGUCGGAUAAUAAAUUUUCCGGGAAAAUCCCGGAUUCUUUGUCUAAACUUUCCCGUCUUAUCCAUUUACGCCUCGAGAAUAAUCAAUUUUCCGGGGAAAUCCCAGAUUUUCAUAAGCAAAAUUUGAUUUCCAUCAAUUUAUCGAACAAUAAACUCGAAGGGGAGAUUCCUUCAAGUUUAUCGAAAUUCAAAGGAAAUGCAUUUGCAGGGAAUCCAGGUCUUUGUGGAUCACAAAUAGGGAUUGAUUGCGGACGAGACGAUAAAGACGACAUUAAGAAGAUCAUUGCUGCUGUAAUAACGUUAGGUGUUAUGCUUCUUGCAAUGAUUAUCUUCUUUGUAAUGAAAUGGAGAGCAAAGAAGCGAAAGAGUGCCCCCGGGGCUGCUGCCGUCGAAAGGGGAAGAUCCAAUGAGCCGGUUGAAAUCCAAGUUUCGUUGCCGGCUACCAUCAGAGAAGUAGGUCAGAAGACCGCGAGCCAUCAGGCAUGGCCUGGUAAUUACCAUGGGAUGGUCCGUGGUGGUGCGGUGCCCGAGCUAGUUAUGGUGAAUGACGAAAAGGGUGUGUUUGGUUUGCCAAGUUUGAUGAAAGCAACGGCCCAAGUACUAGGAAACAGUGCGCUCGGGUCGUCGUAUAAGGCCACAAUGUCGAACGGUUUUGCCGUGGUUGUGAAAAGGACCAAAGAGAUGAAUUCAAUAGGUAAAGAUGAGUUUGAUGUAAUGGCUAAAAGGCUUGGGAAGCUUAAACAUCCUAAUGUUUUGACACCUUUGGCUUACCAUUACCGGGUCGAAGAAAAGCUUUUCGUUUACGAUUACAUCGCCAAUGGCAGCUUGCUUUACCUAUUACACGGUGAUCACGAAACAUCAUCUUCUGCACUUGAUUGGCCUACGAGACUAAAUAUAGUGCAAGGAAUCGCCGAGGGACUUGAUUAUAUUCACGUUGAACUUGCUUCUCUUGAUGUGCCUCAUGGAAAUCUUAAAUCGAGCAAUGUUCUGCUUGGUCCAGAUAACCAACCGUUGCUUUCGGAGUACGGGUUUUGUUCGGUGGUAAGCACCGAAGGGGCCAAAACCCUAAUUGCUUACAAGACCCCAGAAGCUAUACAACAUGGAAAAGUAUGUCAUAAAAGUGAUGUAUAUUGCUUAGGAAUCAUCAUUCUCGAGAUCCUUACAGGGAAAUUCCCUUCUCAAUAUCUCGACAACGGUGAAGGUGGAAUCGAUGUAGUCCAUUGGGUGACAACGACAACUUACGAAGGGAAGCAAGCCAAUCUAUUUGAUCCAGAGAUCGCUAGUGGCUCGAAAUCGCUUCAAGAAAUGGAGAAACUCCUUCAAAUAGGCUCGCUUUGCACGCAAGCAAGCCCAGACGAGAGGUUAGACUUGAAAAAAGCCAUUAAAAUGAUACAAGAAAUACGAGUAGACAACGACACCCCCGAGUCGGAGUCUGAUCCUCAAGCUAUAACAAUCCAAGUUUCACCGUCUGUUCAAGACGAAGUUGGUGAUGCAAAAUCAAACAGCGACUUGUCUAGCAUCCAAGAAAGCAACGUGUGA